GUUAGGAGGUCUCUGUAGAGGAGGGUUUGCAGAGGAAUAGGCAAAGGACGAAGGGAUCCAGUCCUUCGACGCCGGUAAAGGCAAGGGCGAGCCCCAGGACAUGGCCCUGAUGUCCCAGUCAGACGCAGAGCUAUUCGACGCCUUCUGCACCGAUCUGAGCGAGCACAAGGGUUUGCUCAAGUCUACGAAGGAGUCGGAUGAGCAGGCUCAGCGGAAGAUCGCCGAGCUGGAGAAAAAGGCUGGGCGGACGGGCCAGCAAGAAGAGGAGAUUGCCCGGCUAAAGUCUGAGUUGGAAAAGGAACACUCCGACCUGGCUGUUCACGUCGCUGCCUGGGCUGCACAGGAGCCGGAGAAAUUUGCUCCUCAGACACUUCCUGACCGGGAGAUCGGCAUCUGGUUCUUCCUGGGCCUCUAAAAAAACAAGGAGUCCCAGCAACUGAUCGAUGACAUUAGGACCUUCGGGUUUGAGACCGCUCAGUUCCAGGAGCGCUGCGAGCUGUACAGGA